GCUGCCUGACAGCAGUGUGUAGUCUGGAAGCAGAACGGACAGCGCCAGAUCACGGAGCGGACCCCGGAGCGAACCCCCGAGCCUCUGGUCCCCAGCAGCCUAUAGCUCUUCGCCUGUCCUGCCCGCGUGAUCCAGGGAGCCGCAGAGAUUUUACCUGUCUUGAAAGCACGUGAUCGGGACCAAAAGUUCUCACUCCCCUGCUGCCCACAUCUGUGCCCAGUCCAGCCAUGAACCCCCUGGAGGUGCCCGCACAAACAGAGAUGGUGGAACUGGUGCCCAAUGGCAAACACAUGGAAGGACUGUGCCCCGUGGCUUUGCCUCCUGUAGGAGUUGAAAGGUGUGAGGGUGGAAGACCCAGCCAUGGGGGAGCAGAGGGAUUCCUGCCCCGAAAUGCCAGCAAAGAGACACACUUCACAGAUUUUGAAGGGAAGACUUCAUUCGGAAUGUCUGUGUUUAACCUGAGCAAUGCCAUCAUGGGCAGCGGUAUCCUGGGGCUGGCAUAUGCCAUGGCCAACACUGGCAUCCUGCUUUUCCUCUUUCUCCUCACCUGUGUGGCCCUGCUCUCCAGCUAUUCCAUCCACUUGCUGCUCAAGUCUUCAGGGAUUGUAGGUAUCCGGGCCUAUGAGCAGCUGGGCUAUCGAGCCUUUGGGACACCAGGGAAGUUGAUGGCAGCAAUAGCUAUCACCCUACAGAACAUUGGAGCCAUGUCCAGUUACCUGUACAUCGUGAAAUCUGAAGUGCCCCUGGUCAUCCAGACCUUCCUCAAUCUACCAGAGAAAACCUCGGAUUGGUACAUGAAUGGGAACUACCUGGUGAUCCUGGUCACAGUCACCAUCAUCCUGCCCUUGGCUUUGAUGAGGCAGCUGGGAUACCUGGGCUAUUCCAGUGGCUUCUCCCUCAGCUGCAUGGUGUUCUUCCUGAUUGCAGUCAUCUACAAGAAGUUCCAGGUCCCAUGCCCACUGUCCACAUUCUCUGCCAAUGUGACGGGUAACACCAGCCAUGUGCAAAUCAUCAUGAAGGAUUCCUCGGGUGGGGACCCCCUCAUCCAGGCCUCCAACGAUGAGAUCUGUGUCCCCAGCUUCUUUACCCUCAAUACGCAGACAGCAUACACCAUCCCAAUCAUGGCCUUCGCUUUCGUCUGCCACCCAGAGGUGCUGCCCAUCUACACAGAGCUCAGGGACCCCACGAAGCAGAAGAUGCAACACAUAUCCAACUUGUCCAUUGCCGUCAUGUAUGUGAUGUAUUUCAUGGCUGCCCUCUUUGGCUACCUCACCUUCUAUGAUCGGGUGGAGUCAGAGCUCUUGCACACUUACAACAAAGUGGAUCCUUUUGAUGUGCUGAUCCUGUGUGUCCGAGUGGCCGUGCUCACAGCUGUCACCCUCACUGUCCCCAUUGUCCUUUUUCCGGUGCGGAGGGCCAUCCAGCAGAUGCUGUUCCAGGACAAAGAGUUCAGCUGGCUUCGGCACUCACUCAUUGCUGUCAUCCUGCUGAUCUGUAUCAACCUAUUAGUCAUCUUUGCCCCCAACAUCCUGGGCAUCUUCGGAAUCAUUGGCGCCACUUCCGCCCCCUGCCUGAUCUUCAUCUUUCCAGCAAUCUUCUACAUCCGAAUUGUGCCCAAGGACAAAGAGCCACUGAAGUCCACUCCCAAAAUAUUGGCCGCGUGCUUUGCAGGGUUAGGUGUUCUCUUUAUGAUCAUGAGCCUGAGUUUUAUCAUCAUGGACUGGAUCUCUGGGAACAACAAGAGUGGUGGCAACCACUAGAACCCAGCAUGGCCUGGGGUCACCCGUCACCCACCCACCUGUGCCAUUGCCUGCCAGAACUGCUAAGCUGCCCGGGCCCUCGGCUGGUGGGGGGGAGGAAGGGAGGACAUUUUUCACUCAAUGUGUGUUUUUGUCUUUAAUUAUUAUUAUCCCUGUUGAGGAUCUUUUUUUAAAAGAAAAGGGGCGGGGGGGGGAGGGACCAGGCCUUGCAGGGGGUAGAACUGGAAAGGCUAGUACAUUGGGUUCCCUCCCUAAGGGGCAUGGAGGCCUCAGAGGCUGGGCCUUGGGUAUCCUUCAUCUUCCCCCUUGGGGUCUAGGGAGGGCUGACGCCUCUCAGGAUGGCCCCUGAUUGUCUCUGUCACUGACUGCUCCCCUGGAGAGGGGGGACUCAGCAGGGGACAACCCCUGUGCUCUGAAAGGAUCCAGUGAUGCUUCAGUAAAAAUGGGCCAAAUCCUCCUCAUGGUCCUGAGUCCCUGGGUCCCCAGGCCUCCUCUCUUGCCUGCUGGACAAAGGCAUCUUCCGCUCUGUCACCAGGUCCCCCCCUCCCACGUAGGGUCUAGAACCCGAUUUGCAGGGGAUGGGAGGGAGGGGAUUAGUGUCCAGAGACUUUUUUCCUGGCCCUAUUUGCUUCUCAUCGCUGGGGCUGAGGAGAAUCCUAUUUGUAAGAUCCUAAGGUUCAGCCCUUGGUAGACAGAGCUAGGAAAAGGUUAGUUACCUCCAGCCAACAUCUCAUGCAGACAAUUGGGAGAAAAAUGUGUUCUCGUCAUCUCAGAGAUCACCUGAGCUGUCCUAGUGUCCCCCAGUGUCACCAUUGGUAAGGGAGUUCCAUGGGAUGGGAAAGAUUUACUGCUCGCAGACAGGAAAGGGAGAAUCAAGGAAGGGGGGGGCUCCCUUUAUACAGGCAAGGGCAGGCCCUGCCUCUAGGGGCUGCCCCCUACACUGACCCUGACCUUCCCCUCCCCCAAGAAGGCUCGUCUGUGCUCUUCCUGGGGGCAGAGGGCUUCGCCCACCACAGCUACCCCCGCAGACUUGAAGGGGGGGGGCCUGGAGAUCCCAGCAAGAGCUUCCUCUGGCUCCCUCUUCCCCACUCUCACCUAUACUAUUUCUCCCUCCUCGGUCAAUGCUGCUCUCCGCUGGUAGCAGGAGGUCUCUGUGGCAGGAAUCUCCCCCAUUUUAGGAAAGUUGUGGUCUCAGCUAUACCUCCACCUAGGCUAGGUAAACUAUGACCACGGCUGGCUUCCGAGUCUCAGGCUCCCAUCCUCACUUGGCUCUUCUGGGUCUGCGUGAUUGGAAUAGACCAGGCUCCUGGCAGACACCCCUCCACCAGUCACUGCUGUGCCAUCUUGCCAACAUCCCAAUUUUGACUGGUUGGCAUCUUACGAUUGGGAGUAGGGGAAAAGUGGAAACACUGAGCUGAGGGUCUGUAAUGUGCUUGGCUGUAAUUAAUUGUGGAGGAGGGGGGUAGCUGAGGUACCUGGGGGUAACAUGUGAGACAAAGACUUUCUGAGAAAUGCUAUCCAAGGACAUCCUUCGGUCUGCAUUCUGGGAUGUGUCUGGGCUGCCUGGUAUCCAAGUAAUACACAUCCCUGACUGUAUUACUUGGUGGCUCAUUCCAGUGGGGCCACACAGCCCGGGGAGGCAAGACAAGAGAUGAGCAGAGAGAAAAGACAGUUAUCAGUGUUGAAUGGGUUCUAGUGCCCAGGUGCAGGAGGCCCCUGCAAGGGGGAAACAUGGAGAGUUUGGAAUUCUCGAAGCCACCCCCCUGACACACACACCUCCCAUUCUGGGUCUAUUCCAUCCUGGGAGUGAGAAUACCCUGCUUGGUCUUAAGCCGGGAGGUGGGAAGAUGAGAGAGUGUUCGGUGCCAACCCCUUCCAAAGGCAUCGGAAGCAGCAUGGAGAGAGGAAUAGCCUUCAGGGUGGGAGCUGGCAGCCUUCAGCCGGAAGCCCCCUGCCCUCCCACCUCCCCAGUUGCUGAGGGAGGGGAAUGAGGAGUGGGCUGGGGAGACGUGAGGUGCAUUUCCCUGGAGUUCCAGACCAGCCUUGUGAGCCAAGCUCUGGCUUCUGAGAAACUCAGGCCAUGGAGAAGCCUCCGCAACAGGGAGGUGGGGAAUGGGGGGAGUGGGAGGGAACUUCCUCCCCAGAGCUCCCCCAGGAAGGCCUGAAGCUCAGCAAGUGUGGCCCCCUGCUGAGCAGGCCAUGAGAGGGACCAGUGCCCUCUCUCACAGGUUGCAUUUCCAAUCCUCUAUCCAAGUGAGCUCCAAGCUUGGAAACACUGAAAUCCAGCCCCCAUUGACACACCACAGACCUUCUUAAGAACAAUAAAAAUUGGUGAAAACUGAG